AUGGCCUCGCAAGACUCGGCUACAUCCCCGCCGCCCGCAUUGCCUCCUGCCCUACCUGCCAACCCACCGGCCGCACCCACUUUCGUCACGCUUCCCGCCGUGAAAGAGCCUGGUGUCUUCUCGGGCCUCGAAGGUUCUGACGUCGACCAAUGGCUGCGCCUCCCAGAUCACUCUGCCCCUCCUGCCCACUUCGCCCCUCCAGCCCACUUCGCCCCUCCGGCCCACUACGCCCCUCCGGCCCACUACGCCCCUCCGGCCCACUUUGCCCCUCAGGCCUACUCUUCCCAUCAGGACCACUUUGCCCCCCACGAUCCCCACUACUCCCGCUCUCCCUCAACCCACCGUCGCCAGUCCCGUUCGCCUCAGCCUCGACGACCACCUUCCCCCGCUCCCCCACGACGAAAGCCGUCCGCGUUGUUCGACGAGACGAACCCAGACUGGGCGCCGCGUCUCUACGGCUCGGCUACAGCUGCAAGCAUGCAGGCGCUGCGCGAAAUGAUUGCACGAAAAAACGGCGUCAUGAAAAAUGGCAAGCGGAGGCCGAACAGCGCCGAGCACAGGGCGAUGCGUAUUGAUGAAGCCGAAUGCGACAGCUAUGAAGCCGCUCGUGCGAAGCUGAAUAGUGCACAGUACAAGUCUGACUUGGAGUGUGAUGCUGUACUGGAACCCAGGAAAAUAUCCAAGCCAAGCCGCUACUUAAGCGAUAACGAGAUGCCUUCUCCACCAACGCUUCCAAGUGCAUUUUCAGAGCCUCUGAACGCUGCAGAUAUGAGCAGCGAGCAGCAAGAUGAUGAAGAAUUCCAGUACCAGGUCUUGACAAGGCUCACAGUUCUCCGAAUGAUUCAGCAACAGCACGGAGAUUUGAUAACAGCUUUUACGACUCGGUAUUCACGAGAUAAACUGCAGCGCCUACAAGAAGAAGAGCCAGUGAUGAAGGGUCCUUUCAACAGCUAUGAUGAGCUGAAACAUUUCGAUGCGAAGUUGAGUGGCUCUACAAGGGACCGCUUUGAAGCUGCCCUGUACCUGCGGACACCACUCGUAGGCAAGUUUGCCACUUUUGAGAGGUUUUUCAAGAUUUUCCUCUCAACCCCGCGGCGGCAAGGCUAG